AUGCAUAAAAAAAUAUCCCAAAAAGAGAAUGAAAAUGGUACAAAUGAAUUUUCCCAUGAAAAAAAAAAGAAAAAGAAAAAAAUAAAUAAAUGGAAUUCACCAUAUAUAAAAGGGCCCAAUGAUUUAAAAAGCUAUUUAUAUAGCAUGUGCAUAAACUUUUCAUAUAGUGAUAUUUAUCAAGAAUAUAUAAGUAGAUUAAGUUUGAAUUCUUAUAAUAAUUGUGAUUAUGAUCAAAUAAGAAGAAGUAGUUAUAUAUCUAAAAAUGAUUUUUUAAAAUAUUAUAAUUUUCUAUUAUAUGACAAUAAUUUUGAAUUAGAAGAAGAAAAUAAUGUAGAUGAAUUUUCUUUUGUUUUUAAAAAACCAAAUGAUUCGAGUGAUAUUGAAGAAGUAGCAACAUAUUUGAUAGGAAAAUCUGAUGAAGAUUUAAAAGAGGAUAAAGAGAUAUAUAAAGAAAGGGCUUACAAUAAAAUUAAAAAAUUAAUAUUAAAUAAAUAUAGAAAUAAAAAUAUUUUAUUAACAAGGAGUACAGAUGAUAAUAGUGAUAUAACAGACAGAUCAAAAAAAAAAAAAAUACCAACUGAGCAAACAGGUAAAAAACAAAAGAACAUUACAAAUGAUUAUAAUUCAAAAAGUUAUACUUUGGGAAAAUUAAAUACGCAUAAUAGAUUUUAUAAUAGUUAUGAACUGAUCAAAAAUGAAGAAAAUAAUGAGAAAAAAUACAUUCCUAAGAUAAUUAAAAAAUCCUUUUUUUUACUUCGUGACUUUUUUGUUGAUAAAAAUGAAAUUUCUUUUAUGUCUAAUUUAAAUAUUUAUUUUUUAAAUUAUGAAAAUGUUUCAAAAAAUGAAAUAAAGAACGUGCACAAUAAUCACUAUUUUUAUAUGCUAAAUAUUUUGUCUGAGUCACAAAAUGACCCCUCUGUUGAAAUGUAUUACAAUUUUUAUAACAACUUGAUGAGAGAUAAAAAUAGAAAUGAUCAUAAUGAAGGCUCCUUAAAAAUGGAAGACGAAGAAAUGACAAGGGAAGUGAGACUAGACCGAAUAAAAUAUGAUGAAAAUAUUUACGGAGCAACUAAACCAGAGAAAUUAAUGAAGUACAAUACUAUAUCAUCAAAGCAUACGCAGAUAAAUACCAGGAAUGCAAGCAAACCUUCAAUUGAGGAGGAUUAUUCCAUAAUGCCGUAUGAAGAAAAAGAUGAAAUAAAUAUGCAAAACGAAAAGAAUGGUGAAAAUGAGCCCAAUUGGGGAAAGACAAAAUAUAAAGAUUACAAACGGAGAAGCAUGAAAAGGUUAUGCUCUGAAGAAAUAGAAAUAUAUUUUAAAAAAGUAAUAAAAAAUGAAUUAAUAAAUUUUAAUCAAAAAAGAAUUGAUAAUAAAGAUAAAUGGAAUACAUUAUUUUCAUUUAUGUUUUCAUGUAUUGGUGCUUCAUUAAGUACCCAUUGUUAUUUAGAUUUAUCUGAGAUAAAAACAAAUUUUGAUUUUUUUCUACUUAUUUCACUUAUUAUAAUUUGUUAUAUACUUAUUGGAUUACCAUUAUUACAAAUUGAAUUUUCACUUGGACAAAUAUCACAAUCAUCUGUAGUAAAUGCUUUUAGUUUUUUAAAAAAAAAAUAUACAGGUAUUGGAAUAAUUACUUUAUUAAUAACCCUUAAUGUAUUAUCAAAAAAUAUAUAUAGAAGUGUAGAUACCGUUGUAGUAAUUACAAAUUCAUUAAAAAAACCUUUACCUUGGCAAAUGAAUCAUUGUGAAAAAAUACAAUCAGAACAUAUGUGCAUCCAAAAUGAAAGAUGUAGAUGGGUAGCAAUAUCUUCAAAGUUGGGUGUUCAAAAAAAAGUUUAUAAAGGGAUAAUAAAUUUAAAUGCUCAAAAUAAAAUAAAGAAACAAUAUUAUAUAUUUCCAUAUUUAUAUGCACAGAAUAAUAUUCCACUUUUAAAUGGGCAACAAAUGGAAUGUAAAUCAAUAGGAAUAUUAGAAGGUAUACAUUUUUUUUCUAAAGAUAUAUGCUUUUGUUGGAAGACAAUAUAUUUAUUAUCAAUUAUGUUAGUAUUAUAUAUUUUAUUGAGAAUAGAAGAAAUGAUAUGUAAUAAAUUUUUACAAUAUUCUUUUUUAUUUUUUAUAACAAACUGUAUUUUUCAAAUGAUACAAAUGUAUAGCAAAAUAUAUUUACAUCAAAACGAUGGGAAUAAUAUACAAAAUAAGAUUAACCCUGAUAAUAGUAAUAAGAGUAUAUUUUGGGGAGAAGAAAAUUUACUUUAUAUAAAUAUAAAUUUUAUUGGUAAAAUAAUAAAUAUUGUAUUAAUUUCUAUUAAUUGUUCUACAGGAAUAAAUUAUAUGUUUUCAUCCUAUACAAACAUAGGAGAUAAUAUCUUAUUAUUUUCCCCAUAUAUUAUAUUAGGGUCUUUUGUUGGUGUAAUAAUACAUUUUGGAUAUUAUUAUUUAUGUAUAUCUGUUAUAUUAAAAUAUGGAAAUAUAUAUGAUAGUAUAGAAUUAGACAACUUACUUAUGAGCUUAAAAAUGCUACCAAUUAAUUAUAAGUCUUUUGAAGAUUUAUUUAAAAAAGACAAAAAAGUUAUAAAAAAUAAAAUAAUAUAUUUUACAGCUUUAUCAAAAAUGAAUUUACCAAAUAUUAUGACCUUUACAUAUUUUUUAUCAUCUCUAUUAUUAUUACUUAUAUCUUGUUCUAUACAUUUAAAAGGGAUUGUAUUAAUUUUAAAAGAGAGUAAAAAAUUUAUAAAUUAUAAAAAAAAAAUUAUUAGUAUAUUUAUAAUUAUCUUAUAUUUUUUUAUUGUCUUAUUUAUUAUUUUAUUUCCAAUUUGUCAUAAUAUUAAUAUAUUAAUAGACAGCGUUAUAUCCAAUUAUAUUUAUUUUUUUAUUAUUUUUUUGCAACUAAUAUGUGUAACAUGGAUGUAUAAUUUUGAUAGUAUAAAAAGUUUGAUAAAGAUAAAUAUGUUAGAAUAUGUUUGUCUUUUUUUUUUAUUUUGUUCUAUAUCUUUGUUUGUUCCUAUUAUUAUAUAUUUAUAUAGGAAUAUAAAUAAGACAGCUGAUGUUAAGUUUUUUUUUUUUUCGCUUUUGUUUUUCUCCUUUUUAAUUAUAUCAUUUUUAUUGCUUAACAUUUUUAUUGUUAUGUACAGAAAUACGGGAAAUAUAAAAUUCAAGAAAAGACUAUAUUUUUUAUAUUUAUUUAAUAUUGACAUAUUUAGGAAAAAGUUAAAUAAUAUAUUAUAUGGAAAAAAACGUACUUAUAAUUUGGGGGGAAAGAAGACAAUAUGUUUACACCCUCCUUUUCAAAAACUUAAUAUUACAUGGUGUUUAAUAGUUAAAUAUUUAAUCCCAUUUUUUUUAAUUUAUAUUUUUUCAUCAAAUUCGAUAUGCAAUAUUCAUAAUAUUUUUAUUUCUAGCAAAUAUCAUGAAAAAAGUAAAAUGCAACCAUUUUCAAAACAUGGAAAAAAACAUUCAAACCAUUUGCGAAUUAACAAUUUAAAAAACGGAGAAAAUAUCAAUUUAAAUGAUUUUAUAAAUAAGGAAGAUGAGUAUGCUAAGAAAAACUUAAUGGAUAAGACAAAUAAAAAAUAUAAAUACAACUUUGGAAUGCUUAUACAAUAUAUAGUAUCAAUAAUAUUGAUAAUAAUUAUAUGCUUAUUUUCAGUAGCCCCUUUUAUAAAUCCUAAAAAUUUGUCUACAUUUGUUUUUCCCUUAACACACAUAUGGAAUAUUAAUAAUAUUCAAACUAAAAAAAAAAAUCCUAUAAAUUAUUUAUAUACAAGAUAUAUAUAUUUUUUUGAAGAAAUUUUACCUUGUGAAAAAAUUAUGCCAUUUUAUGUUUGGAAUCAUAUAAAAAAACAUAUUAAAAAUGAUAGUUUUAUAACAUCAUUAAAACGAGAAAAUGAAAAUAAUCCUAAUAUUAAUGAUAAAAGUUUUACUAACAUGAAUAAAGAUGAUUAUGAAAAAUAUAUAUUCGAUUUAAUCGGAACUACCUUCAAGCCAUUAUAA